GGCAAGAUGCAUAUUGUAAAGCGAGCGAAGGAGAUGACAUGCUUCGACUACCUGCUUAUCCACGUGCACUUAUAUAAUGUACUGGCUAAAAAUAUGAUACCAGCGAUAAACGAAAAAUACGCCACCGCGACAGUGUCGUUAGUGCGUUGGAGCAGUGACAGCGUAACGAGUGAGAAGCUUAUCAAAAUAAAGGCAGAACGAGUCGCUUUACCCAUUCGUAUUUACGCGGGUCAUCCUCUGUCACUUGGAUCGUCGACAUCGUCGGCGCGUCCCCAGGUGGCGUGCUACUUGGAUCGAACUUCGUAUCGUCGUUAACAUCGUUAAAUCUCCCCGCUGUUUUCUUCUACCUCCCCACCGCCCCUUGCACUCAGUAUUCGCUGCAAUCGCUGGGCAUCGAACAAGCAACGUCGAGCGACGCGGUGCGUGCGUUGCGUGCAUAAUUUCGUAUUCCGCGAUUCUCAUUCAACUCGCCUCGAUUCUGCACGCGCGCGCGCGCGUGCGCAUCCCGCCACGCGUAUUGCAGUUUGCAGUUUUCGCAAAAUCGAAGAGCAGAAGAAUUGGCCGCACCGGAGCUAGAUCCGCUUCGGAGGAAUUUUGUGCGGCGAUGAGCGACGCGAGGUAGAAGAAAACGCAGACGAAGGGGAAAAAGCGGACGCUGAUUAAUCAGCGAGUGAUAAACGAAAGAGAGAGAGAGAGAGAGAGAGAGAGAGAGAGAGAGAGAGA